AUGGCGCGUCUCACGCAGUACAAUUAUGUGUUCGCUAUUGGCACCUUUUUUGCCAUGCUAGAUGCAUACAACAACGGUGCUAACGAUGUCGCAAACGCAUGGGCUACCUCCGUCUCCUCACGCUCCGUCUCCUACCGCCAGGCCAUGAUCCUCGGUACGAUCUUCGAGAUGGUGGGCGCCAUCACCGUCGGCGCCCGAACUGCUGAUACCAUCAAGAACGGAAUUAUUCCCACCAGCGCUUUCAAGGGCGAUGCCGGUGUUCAAAUGCUGGCUUUUACGUGCGCCCUCGCUGGUGCAUCCCUGUGGGUCAUGUGGUGCACCAAACAUUCCGCUCACGUCUCCUCAUCGUACUCGCUCAUUUCCUCUGUCGCUGGCGUCGGUGUUGCAGUCGCAGGUGCUUCCAACGUCCAAUGGGGAUGGAAUAAGGGCAAGGGUCUCGGUGCUAUUUUCGCUGGUCUUGGAAUGGCCCCCGCCGCUUCCGCAUGCUUCGGGGCUAUCAUCUACAUGUUGAUCAAGCUGACGGUUCAUCUCCGCAAAAACCCCAUUCCUUGGGCCAUCUGGACCGCACCCUUUUUCUUCCUCGUCGCCGGAACCGUCUGCACACUUUCGAUCGUCUACAAGGGGUCACCUAAUCUCGGUCUAAACAAGAAGCCAGCAUGGUAUGUCGCUGCCGUUACCCUUUCGUGUGGUUUCGGUCUCGCCUUUCUGUCAUUUGUGUUCUUCGUUCCCUACCUGUACGCCAAGGUUGUGAAGCGCGACGCCACUGUACGUUGGUACCAUGUCAUUCAAGGACCGCUUCUGUUCAAACGCCCCGCUCAAGACAAUGUCGACGCUGCCGUUGUCCCCGACUACGCUGUUGUACAGGAUGACGAUGAAAUAAAGCCCGAGCACAGCAGCGACUCAGACAUUGGCAUUGCUACCGAGACUGAGAAGGGGGUCGUAGUCGAGGAGCAUCGCCAGCUCAGUUACAAGGAACUUGUCGCACAAGGCCAGGAACGCUUUCACGCCAAGCUCAGGUCUAAAAAUGAUCUUCUCGGCUGGGCAAUGCGCUAUCUCCACGAGAACAAGAUCCAGACUGGCGAGAUCUAUGAGAAGAAGAACAUGGUCAUCACACUGAAACGUAUUCCCGCCAUGCUGUUGGUCGGCUGCCUUUAUGGUCUCAACUACGACAUUCACGCUGCUCAGACUGGUAUCCAUGGUACUCCCGAAGGUAAACGCAUGGAGCGUGUUUACGCCCACGCUAAGAAGUAUCCCAACGAGGUCGAGCACACCUAUUCUUUUGUUCAGGUUCUCACUGCCUGUACUGCCUCCUUCGCUCACGGUGCCAAUGAUAUUGGUAACGCUGUUGGACCCUGGGCCGUCAUCUACAGUGCCUGGAACACGGGAAAUGCUGCGCAGUCAAAAGCACCUGUUCCGCUCUGGCAACUUGCUGUUCUCUCGGCAACCCUAUCUCUUGGUCUCAUCACCUACGGCUACAACAUCAUGAAGGUCAUGGGCAACAAAAUUACCUACCACUCUCCUAGCAGAGGUUGCUCCAUGGAAAUGGGUGCCGCGCUUACCGUCCUCAUCUUCUCGCAAUACUCCCUCCCCGUUUCAACAUCCAUGUGCAUCACCGGCGCCACCGUCGGAGUCGGUCUCUGCAACGGUACCUACAAGGCUGUCAACUGGCAGCGAGUUGGUCUCUUGGUGUUUUCUUGGAUCAUGACUAUUCCUAUUGCUGGUACAAUCGGUGGUCUCUCUAUGGGCAUUAUUCUUAAUGCGCCUCACUUCAACACGGCUUAG